AUGAUGCAGCCUCAAGUCUUCAUUUCUGGCCUCAUACUUCUUCUCCCAGGUGCUGUGGAUUCUUAUGAAGUAGUGAAGGGGGUAGUAGGUCACCCUGUCACACUGCCGUGUACUUACUCAACACGUGGUGGAAUCUUUACCACGUGCUGGGGCCAAGGGGCAUGUCCGUCUUCUCAUUGUACCAACACACUUAUCUGGACCAAUGGAUACCGCGUCACCUAUCAGAGGAGCAGCAGAUACCAGCUAAAGGGGAAUAUUUCAGGAGGAAACGUGUCCUUGACAAUAGAGAAUGCUGUCCCGAGUGACGGUGGUCUGUAUUGUUGUCGCGUGGAGGUCCCUGGAUGGUUCAAUGAUCUCAAAGUGACCUUUUCAUUGGAAAUCAAGCCAGAAAUUUCCACAAGUCCUCCAACAAGACCCACAAUAACAGGAAGACCCACAACUACAGGGAGACCCACAACCGCAGGAAGACCCACAACUUCAGGAAGACCCACAACUACAGGGAGACCCACAGCUACAGGAAGACCCACGACUCUGUCAACAGGACCCACACAUAUACCAGCAUCACCCAGAGUCUCCACCUCUACUCCUACAACACCAGCACACACGCAGACUCACACACCAGAUUGGAAUAACACUGUGAUAUCGUCAGACGACUCUUGGAAUAAUUACACUGAAUUGAUCCCUUCGAGGAAGGCACAGAAGAACAUGACUAGCGGCUUCUAUAUCAGCAUCCCCAUUGCUGUCCUGCUGUUGUUGCUGCUUGUGAGCACCGUGGUUAUCACCAGGUACAUCUGUGCGAGAAACAAGUCGCAGUCUCUAAGCCUGGUAGCAUUUCGUUUCUCUAAGAUUGGAGCUUUGCAAAAUGCAGUGGUUUUCCGGUCCCGAGCUGAAGACAAUGUAUACAUAAUUGAAGACAGUCUUUACCCUACAGAUUGA